UAAUUACAAAUAUGGCGCUACUGUGCGCCGUUUUUGCUGUAUUUAAUUACAGACAAACAAUCUCAUAGUUUUAGUAGUACGUAUAUAGAUAUUACGCCACGCGUUGAGCUGAGUUAUAUCGAUUAUGUUCAAAAUAAUAUUGACAUAAAUAACCUUUGAUGUUGAAUAUACCGAAUCUCGUAAUUUUAUGUGGCUCAUAUGACCCUCCCAUCUAUAAAGUAUUGAUGAAUCAUGUCAUUGUUUUCUAGGCUCUUUGGGCACAAACUGAAAAUUUUAAUUAAAAUGGAUUAAGUACGUAUUUAGAAAAUUUAAUAUUCGGUCCUAGACGAAGUGCGUUUAUAAACUAGCUUCUGAUAUUUUGCAUUCUAUCCGCAUUCAGGUUAUUGCUGUAAGUUCUGGUAAUUUUUCGGCCUUGGACAAAUUAGGAAAUACAUUAAGAACUUAUUUAUAAUGUUAUUGGAAGGUUCACAUUCAAAGUGUAUUGUAAAAGUGGUAUACAUAUAGUCAUAUUAUCAUUGAAUUAAGUAUCAUCCACCCCCCCCCCAAAAAAUAAAAAAUUUCAAGGAUUAAACCACACUUUACAGAAGAAUUACAGAAAGAUCUAAUGGGGAGGGGUGAUUUAAUUGCAUUUUCCGUUGAAAAUUAUUUCUAUAACAUAACUGUCGAUGACUUCAUGGCACUAAGUAACAUAACAGUAUAUUUAAAUUUGUGUUUACUAGUUUCGAAUAUUCGCGCAAAGUUAAACAAGGGAUACUUGCGCUAGCCUAAUUUAAUUUUGAAGAAUAGUUCACUAUUCGAAAGCGCUCGAGUUUUGGGUCUCGUUUGAAAAACCAUUACAACUUUAUAUGUGUUCCUGUGUGCUUACUUCUUAAUCAUAAUAUAAUUUUGAACUUAUAGACUAGAGGGAAGAAAGCUGUUAAACAUCACCCACUACUAACUAUUGGGCUACUCCAAUGAAAUAGUGGGAAUUGACUGUUACUCUUAUAACGCACCAACUGUCCCAAAGUGCUGAGCGCGAUUUUACGGCAACGGAACACGAACCAAGAACCAUCGAAUUUACAGUUACACACGUUAACAACUAGGCCAUUCAAAAUAUGGAUUUACAUCAAUGUGUGUUUAAUUUAUAAUUUUUCCUCUUCAGUAGACCUAAUGAUUGUAUGAUAAUCUCCAAGGUAAGUGAAUAGGUCAGGGUAACAUAUUAAAUGACAGGUAAGUGAGUCAUAGUUAGUGUACCCAUCCUCUUAUUGUAGUUUUGUCACAAAAAUAGUGUACUUUUCAAAACUACAUUCUAUCAUUAUCUGAAUUUAAACUUAUUUAAAAUUGAAAAUAAUAUUCCGAUACUUUUUUGACUGAUAUUAAGGGUUAAAAACCAAGAGUAAAAUAACGAGUGAACCAAUAUUUGACAAAAAAAAGAAAAAGAAAUAUAGCUUCAAAGCAUCCCUUUGAGUUGUUUUUUUAUUCUCACAGAAAAGACGUACGCUUGCCUGUGCAGCUACAAAGAGCAAUGGCUGCUGAGGCAGAAGCUGCCCGUGAAGCACGCGCUAAGGUAAUCGCUGCUGAAGGAGAGCAGCGAGCGUCCAGAGCGUUGAAAGAAGCUUCAGAAGUGAUCGCUGACUCUCCAUCUGCUCUACAACUCCGCUACCUUCAGACACUCGGUUCCAUCGCCACGGAGAAGAACUCCACCAUCGUAUUUCCCAUUCCUCUGGAGCUUUUUAAAGGUUUUUUGAAGAAAGAAGAAUGAAACGAGAACACGAAAUACGAGAAAUCAAAACAGAUAUCAUUAUAACCACAGCUCCGUAUUUCUUCACUAAUGGUUCAAAUACAUCUUUGUAUAUCGUUAUAAAAUAAUACAAAGUGUAUACCAACUGUACGACUACGCCGUCUGGUGUUAGCUUGUCAAACACGUUUGACUUCUGUCAGAUACUUCGUGACAAUUAUUCAUUGGUUAAAAUCAAAUUGUGCUGUGAAUUUAUGUAACCUGAAGCCAGAUAACCUGGUACUUAUUUAUAUUCUUCGUUAUCAGUUCUGUAUUUUUUCUCUUAAUUCAUUAACAAAAAAGUCAUGAAAGAUUUUAUCAUAUCAUCCUUCAUUAUUGUAAUUCGUUGUUGUCUUUUAGUUGUUGUUGUUUUCAUAGCUAAAA